AGAACUUGUAUCUAUACCCUAUCUGUAUCUGUCCUGCUAGAUGGCGCCCUUACUCUGUCAUAGAGCUGGAAACUCGACAACUUGACACCAGUGUUGUCAUGGCAGUCUGGUGCAUCAGGGGCCACUUUCAAACACCUAUUGGUUUGAAAGUCACGUGGCAUACCUCGUACAUCCAUAAUUAUGUUGCUGAAGUUUUUUGAUGCUCCACGCCCCCAACUCGAAUAUGUCAGCUUCCUACCCGACUAUAAUCCUCUAGGAGGGCUCUGAAGAGUGGUAUCAAAAUAAUAAAGAGAACAAUGGAACGUCAAAAUAAAAUCCCAGCUUCUAAAUUUAAUGUGGAACAGUUUGGUAGAAGAAUCCUCUGUGUGCAGAGAUAAGGGUUAUUUGCAGUUCCGGAAUGUAAGCUCAAAGAGGUGCGACCGAGUAUGACUGUUCGACCGUGAGAAAUUAUGGAAUCGUGUCUUCGCCUCUUUCCAAAGGACUACCUUCGCCAUCUCCGACAAACACGGCUCUCAGCGCCUACCAUUACCAACAUUACCUGUCGCAGCUAAAUCUUUUUGGGCCUGAAGCUAAAAAUUCAUCCCAGGUAACACAGCAUGUUAUCCGACCACUGCUUUCAUGUUCUUUCCCAUCAGAAAGUGUGAAGGAGGACUCAAUGUGCUUCCUAUAUAGCGGGGAUCCAAACUGACGCACGGAGACUGUUGUUGGACCUUGUUCCUACAGGAGGAUGGCUGAGAGACGCCAUCACAGUUAAAUGCACGAACAUUCUCGUACGGAAUCCUCUACAGCCAGUCAACCUUACAUGAGAAAGGAGAAUGCGCAUGGCUUCGGCCCAGAUAGUAUCUUCUCUGUUGUCGAAACUGGGACAGAGAAUCCAGAACCAUUUAAGUACACCUGCGAAACCAAUCAGGAGCCGUAUCUGGCAGACAGUAAACUCGAGGAGAAUCACAGCCCAACGAAACAACUGUCUGAGAAAGAGAAUGUCCUUAAAACGGACGGAAGCACAGACAACUCAGACAGUGAGGUUAAAGGGGACACCAGAUUGGAGAAUGCCAUUGGAAACUGGAUCAUAGCUAAAAGUGGACGGAAAAAUCGUUGUCCUUACACCAAACAUCAGACACUGAAACUGGAAAAAGAGUUCGUGUUCAACAUGUAUCUGACGCGAGAGCGCCGCCUGGAGAUAAGCAAGAGUAUUGACUUAUCUAAUAUCAAAAUAUGGUUCCAAAACCGACGCAUGAAACUCAUGGAAUUCCACAGGGAGAGUCGAGUGAGAGCGCUAACCUCUGUUUAUGCUUACACCUCAUUUGAAGGGAAAUUUAACAAAAACUACACUUAGUCUACACAUAAGCUAGCAGACUAAACUCCACUUCCUUGUUAAAGAAGUUUGCUACACAUAGGCAUACAAGGCCUAGGCCUGCACACACGCUACGCUCAUGCAGGAGAAAGCAUCUAGAGCAGGUUAUAAAUUGUAGGCCUUUUAAACACGCUUAAUCUUUUUUAGAAUCCAUGCAUGGUUUUGUCAAAUUUUACAGCUAUGAACCUCUUCAGAUGCAAAAAAAAAUUUGAACGCUGGAUAUUAAUUGUUUAGAAAAAUGUCUCAAAGUGGCAUUAGUGCAUUUGAAUUGUUUUCCAUACACUUUUAAUGAAAUGUGUUGUCUUUACUUGGUCUCUUCCUUUCUUUCAUUUAUGUUGUUGUUGUCUUGUGUUUUGUUGUUUUUUGUUCAUGUGAACUUGAUGUGCUGUGCAUUACAGCAUCAUAAAGUCAAUGCACUUUCAAACGAUUACCGCAAGCAUUAUGUGUCUGAACGUUUUGUAAAGAUAUAAAA